AUGGAAUGCAUGUUUGCACGGUAUCAAAAAAUAGGUUUAAUAAAUUCGUUAGUGGUGAGAGCAUUACGUAUUUGUUCAAAUAAUGUUUUAUUAAAUGAUGAAUUAAAAUUCUUAAGAGAUGUAUUAAAUGCUAAUGGGUAUCCAAUAAAAUUAAUUGAACGAACAACCAAACAUACGAUACAUAAAGAAAAGCAAAACGAUCAACAAAGUAAUAUGAAUAAAAAUCAACAAAGGAAUAAUGACACAAAUGAUAAAGAAAUGCCAAUUAACAUUGUUCUCAGUUAUCUAGAGCAUAUGAGAACUCUAAAUCAUUCAUUGAAUUUUAAUGAACCAUCAAUAUUAUCAUUUGAAAUAAAUGGAAAAAAACGUGAAAUUAAAGAGACAUUACUAACGAAGAAAUUUCAACAUUGGGCUUUCAAUGAGAUUUAA